UGCAAUCAUUUCCUUAAUAUCAUCAAACUUGCCUUCCCUUCCUUUCAUCUCCUUCUUUCUCUUCCACUUCAACCUUUCACGCGUUCAUUCAAUUCGUCUCUCAACGUCCAAUUGACUCUCUUAAUCCAAGGGGAAGCUGGCAAAAUGCUGAAGAAGCUCAGGCGAAAAGUCAGCAAUGCAAUUGAUGGCCUCAAGAAGGGUACCAAGCAAUCUAUAAAACCCCUUCAGCCUUUCUCUAAACCUUCAUACUCACCAUCACCGCCGCCGGAGCCGCCGCUACUGCUACCUUCUCCUCCUGUGACGUUUCCGAGCCGGCCGCUGCGACCUCCUCCUCCUCCGACGUUGUCGUUUCCGAUGACUCAGAAUCGACCAAGCAGGCCUUUCCUUUUCCCACAAGCCCAGUCCACAGUCCUCCCCGAACCCUCCAAUUUCUUCUCCCCCAACCUCCUCUCAGCCCCACUUCCUACAAACUCCUUCUUCCAAAACUUCGUCCUCAAAAACGGCGACCAGGCUGAGUACAUUCAUCCUUACUUGAUCAAAUCUUCGAACUCUUCUCUUUCUCUCUCUUACCCUUCUCGCUUCUUCACCUCUGCUUUCAUCUACCAGACCUUCAACGCUGAUCUCACCAUCGGAACAACCCGCCCAGGUUCUAACGCCAACCAUGUAAUCUCUUCCUAUCAUGAUCUCAGUGUCACGUUGGACAUCCCGUCUUCGAAUUUGCGAUUCUUCCUCGUCAGAGGAAGCCCCUACCUCACCGUGGCGGUGACUCAGCGUACCUCACUUUCGAUCAAAACAAUCCAUGCGAUCCUUUCGUUCUCUUCCAACGAUUCCCUCACCAAGCACACCGUUCAGCUCAACAAUGGCCAGACGUGGUUUAUAUACUCGUCUUCUUCUAUCAAUUUGAGUCAUACCCUGUCUGAGAUUACUUCGGAUGGGUUUUCGGGUAUAAUUAGGAUCGCUGUUUUGCCCAAUUCAAAGCCGAAUUACGAAACGAUCCUUGACAGGUUUAGUCCUUGUUAUGCGGUUUCAGGGGAUGCUUCAUUGACGCAACCGUUUACUGUGGAAUAUAAGUGGGAGAAGAAAGGGUGGGGCGAUUUGCUGUUGUUGGCUCACCCUCUUCAUCUGCAACUUUUAUGUAAUAAUAAUGCACGUGGUGUUACUGUUCUUGAUGACUUCAAGUACAGAAGCAUCGAUGGAGACCUUGUAGGUGUGGUUGGGGAUUCAUGGUUGUUGAAGACCGAUCCUAUUUCUGUAACUUGGCAUUCUACCAAGGGUGUGAGAGAAGAAUCCUAUGAAGAAAUUGUCUCAGCGCUAUCAAAAGAUGUUGAGGGUUUAGAUUCCACCACAGUAACAACAACUUCAUCUUAUUUCUAUGGGAAAUUGGUUGCCAGAGCAGCUAGAUUGGCAUUAAUAGCUGAAGAAGUGGGGUUUCUUGAUGUGAUUCCUGCAAUCAGGAAGUUCUUGAAGGAAACUAUUGAGCCAUGGUUGGAAGGAACCUUCAAUGGCAAUGGCUUUCUCUAUGACCCCAAAUGGGGAGGGAUUGUAACAAAACAAGGGUCUAAAGAUUCUGGUGCUGAUUUCGGGUUUGGUAUUUACAAUGAUCACCAUUAUCAUCUGGGAUACUUCCUUUAUGGAAUUGCUGUUCUUGCAAAGAUUGACCCCGCUUGGGGAAGACAAUACAAACCUCAAGCUUACUCACUCAUGGCAGAUUUCAUGAACCUAGGCAGAAGAUCAAACUCCAACUACACGCGCCUUCGAUGUUUCGACCUUUACAAGUUACACUCUUGGGCUGGAGGUUUGACAGAAUUUGCAGAUGGAAGAAACCAAGAAAGCACAAGUGAAGCUGUGAAUGCAUACUACUCAGCAGCAUUAAUGGGUCUAGCAUAUGGUGAUACUCAUCUUGUUGCCACUGGAUCAACCCUUGCAGCGCUGGAAAUUCAUGCAGCUCAAAUGUGGUGGCAUGUAAAAGAAGAAGAUACCUUAUAUGAGCAAGAUUUCACGAAGGAGAACAGAGUAAUGGGUGUUCUUUGGGCUAAUAAAAGAGACAGUGGACUCUGGUUUGCACCUCCUGAAUGGAGAGAAUGUAGACUUGGGAUCCAGGUUCUGCCAUUGUUGCCUAUCACUGAAGCAUUGUUCUCUAAUGUGAAAUAUGUGAAAGAGCUUGUGGGAUGGACAUUGCCUGCAUUGAAUAGGGAAGGUGUUGGUGAAGGUUGGAAAGGGUUUGUGUAUGCUUUGGAAGGAGUUUAUGAUAAAGAAGGAGCAUUGGAGAAGAUAAGAAACUUGGAAGGCUUUGAUGAUGGAAACACAUACACUAAUCUCUUGUGGUGGAUUCAUAGCAGAGGGGAUCAAGUUGAAGAGGAAGAUGAUUACGGUCAUGUAAAGAACUGUUGGUUUGGUCAAUACUGUCACUAAGAGUUGUUUGAUUAUCUCCAUCUUUUUUUUUUUCCGGCCAAACUAUCUCCAUCUUUUAAAAGUAUACAAAAAGUUCUAAAAUUUAUGUCAUAUUGUGCUCCUAAUAAUGUAUCUUUUAUAUCUCAUAUACAAGUUUGUUUAUCAUUGUAGCGGAGUAGUUUUAAAUUCAUGUCAGUAAAGUCUGUUUUCAAGCUUCUUGUGUA